CAACGCGUCUCAUCAAUAUUUCCAGAUGCAAUCACGCCCUACCUGUGGAGAAAAUAUUCAAUAGCUGCGAAGUUUGAACUAGGCACGAACAAGAAAUUUGGAAACGGAAAAUUGUUAGAACCAGAAAACCCUAACCGGUGGACAGUCUCUGUUGUAUCAAAAGGAAUAGAUAGAGAAAGACUCCAAGCCCUCAUCACCAUCACGCUAUUUUGAAAUAUUCAGAUCAGGCGUGGUGUGUGCGAGAUUCUUAGUGUUUGGAAUUGAAGCUUAUAGGCUUGAUGGCGAGGAUCAAACCUCAAGCUCUGCUACAACAAAGCAAAAAGAAGAAGGGGCCUAGUCGUAUCAGUGUACCUACAAUUGUCCUGUAUAGCCUAGUUGUUGGUGUGACGGUGUUUUUCCUCUUUGCUACAUACAGACACUGGUCUCUAAGGUCAAGAAUUCAAACCGAAGAUAGGUUACCACUGGAGGGUGAUGACUCCUAUGCAGAUCUAAAGAAAUCUGAUAUCCCCAGCUAUGCUGUUCUCAAUACCUCAAAAGGCUCAAUAACAGUGGAACUUUACAAGGAAGCUUCUCCUGAAGUUGUUGAUGAAUUUAUUGACUCAUGUCAGAAGGGGCAUUUCAAAGGGAUGCUCUUUCACCAUGUCAUAAAACACUUUGUAAUUCAAGGAGGUGAUUCUAAAACACCUGGAGCUACAGAAGAUUGGACUUCAAGAGGAAAGCAUUAUAGUCAACUCGGUACAAGCCUGAAGCAUGAGGCUUUUAUGCUUGGUACUCCUAAGGCAAAAGAUAACACAGAAGGAUUUGAGCUUUUUAUUACAACCGCACCAAUACCAGAUCUAAAUGACAAGCUUAAUGUGUUUGGGCGGGUCAUUAAAGGAGAAGAUGUUGUUCAGGAAAUUGAAGAGGUGGACACGGAUGAACAUUAUCGACCCAAAUCUCCGAUAGGAAUCACCAAUGUUAUACUGAAACAGAAGAUUUGAGGCAGCCCUGUUCUGUCAAAAGUUUUUUUCUCAGUUGCAUGGUUUCCAUAGUCCAUACAUCCAAUGACAGUCAAGAAGAUGAUUGAGUGAGCGUUUUGCAGACAAGAUUGUGCGUUUGGGGCUUCUGGCCUAGGUAUUGUUGUUUAUGGGUGCGAUUUCUUGGAUUUAACAGGCCAUCACUCUUGGUCAUCAGUUGUAUUACUGGAAAAAAGGCUUAUGUAUGCCAUUUUUAUACCUUUAAAAUGCCUUGUAUGACAAAAAAAAUCAUAAUUUCUCGUGACAUAUAGUGAUUUUGAGAAUGAUACACUCAGCUGUUUUCUUUCAUUUUAUUUUUC